UCAAAAUUUGUGCCUCACACCAUAUUUUUUCUACCUAACACAUAUACAUACAUGAUCUAACUAAGUGUGUCAGUACAUAGAUUUUCACAGUUUUUGCAAUUUCUCGGUUGUGUCUCGUUGUUUUAAGACAGUGUAGUGGAAAGGUCCAAAAAGGGUUAAAGAAAGGUCUCAUCCACGUGAAAUAGUAUAAUGAAAACGUGUGCAACUAAACAGUGACAACUAAUAAACAAUUGCAUGUACGUUGCAAAACAAGUGUCAUCAUAGAUUCAUACUUAAAAAAUCAUGAAAAAAACAUCAAAACCAUAAAACAAAAACAAAAACACACUUUGGUUUCAUCCACCUACAAAUAUUUAGAUUUUAGCAGCAGCAACAAACAAACAUAGUACUAUGUUAUGUUGUCGGUGAAAUAUUGAAAAUGGAAAAAAAGAAGCAAAGUAAAGUGAAGGAGUGGAAGAACUGCAUUGAUUACUGUUGUUGGUUGAUUGGUUAUGUGUGUACAAUUUGGUGGCUUCUUUCAUUUUUGUAUCAGUUUUUGCCAGCUACAUUAACUGGUUUUGAAGUGGUUGAUUCACCUGGUUUGAGGAUGAAAAAUGAAGGGGUUAAAGCACUUCAUCCUGUUGUUCUUGUGCCUGGUAUUGUGACUGCUGGUUUGGAACUUUGGGAAGGGAGACCUUGUGCUGAUGGACUGUUUAGGAAGAAAUUGUGGGGUGCCACUUUUUCUCAAAUUCUCCAAAGGCCUUUAUGCUGGUUAGAGCAUCUCUCUCUGCAUAAUGAGACUGGUCUGGACCCGCCAGGAAUUCGAAUCAGGGCAGUUCCCGAGCUUGUUGCUGCCGACGAUUUUGCUUCUGGUUAUCAUAUUUGGGCAGCCUUAAUAGAAAAUUUGGCAAGAAUUGGUUAUGAAGGGAAGAACUUGCACAUGGCUUCCUAUGACUGGAGGCUGUCAUUCCAAAACACCGAGAUUCGAGACCAAGCUCUUAGUAGAUUGAAAAGUAAAAUUGAGCUUAUGUUUAUAACAAAUGGCUAUAAGAAAGUGGUAGUUGUGCCUCAAUCUAUGGGGGCUAUUUAUUUCCUCCAUUUCCUAAAAUGGGUUGAGACACCGCCUCCCAUGGGCGGUGGUGGUGGUCCAGGUUGGUGUGAAAAGCAUAUCAAAGCAAUCAUGAAUAUCAGCCCGGCAUUUCUCGGUGUUCCGAAGGCAGUUAGCAAUAUAUUUUCAGCUGAAGGCAGUGAUGCUGCAUUAGUCAGAGCUGUGACUUCUGGCAUUUUAAAUUUUGAUUACCUUGGUCUUCAAACGGUUGAACAUGUCUUGCGGGUAUGUAGAACUUGGGAUUCAAUCAUCUCAUUGAUGCCAAAAGGCGGUGAAACCAUCUGGGGUGACUUGGAUUCGGGUCCUAAUGAAUGGAGUAAAUGUGAUCAGGUUAAAAGGGGACAUGUGAAGCACAUUGUAAGUAACAAUACUUAUAACUGCGGUGAUAUGCAGAAAUGUAUCUACGUAAAAGAACCUACAAAGUAUGGAGGAAUAAACUCUUUUGGCAAGGCCGUUUCACAGUUACUUGCUUCGCUUCUCAGUACACUUGAUUCAGAAGCAGAGGAAAUUUCAUCUAAAUGUAAUUCUACUUCCUUUAACUUAUCAUGUGACGAUGUUCGGACUGAACAUAAUGAGAUAUGUAGAGGAAGCAUGGCUAAAAAAAAGGCUAGUACAGGAAGAACUGAUCUUGAUUUACUUAAUUUUGUUGCUCCAAAUAUGAUGAAGCGUGCCGAGGCUCAUUUCUCUCACGGGAUAGCAGAGAAUUUGGAUGAUCCUAAAUAUGCACAUUACAAAUACUGGUCUAAUCCACUUGAAACAAAAUUACCCGAUGCUCCGAAUAUGGAAAUAUACUGUCUAUAUGCUGUCGAAAUUCCGACUAAAAGAUCACAUGUACACAAGAUAUCGCCUUCUGACAAGUACAAGCAUAUUCCUUUCCAAAUGAAUGAUUCAUCUAAUGUAGAAAAGGGAAGUAAAUUACAAAAUGACGUUUCUUUAGUUGACGGUGACGAGCGUAUGAAUGUUGUAAGUUCAGGGUUCAUGUGCGCCAAAGGAUGGCGCAGAAGAACACGGUUCAAUCCUUCUGGCAUGGCUACAUAUAUAAGAGAGUAUCAACAAAAACAACGAGGUAGUGUUCUUGAAGGGAGAAGUCUAGAGAGCGGAGCGCGUGCCAACAAUAUUUUGCAAAGUAUUGCAUUGAUUGAAGAUGUUUUACGAGUUGCUUCUGGAGCCACCGGUGUAACUAUUGGAGGCGAUAGGAUAUUUUCCGAUAUCAGGAUGAUAUCUGAGAGGAUAAAUCUCAGACUAUGAUUAUGUUCAAUGGUUGAAUUUUCCGAUAUCAUGAUGGUAAGUGGCGUAGAAAAAAUAUGCAAGGUUAAUGUAGAAAUAGAAUAUGAGCAACAAAAUAUGUAAAUUAGUGAAUUUUGAUAGCUUAUACUAUAAUCAUCUGCCAUCAAAAGGAAGCUGUUGAGAUUUCAGAAGUGUUUGGAUACUUAUCAGAUGCUGAAUGUCAAUAGUAUAUGAAGCCUAAAUUACAUAACACGAACUUAAAGUCAUUAUCAUGUUGGUACAAUUAAAUAAUCAACUA